CGCGCCCACGGGCAGCUUCCCUUUCCAGGAGCGCAAGCAGCAGCCGCCGGUGUCUGGUUCUUUUCCGUGGCUUUUGCAGCUCUUCUGCAGCAAGCAUGGCAGCUGGGAGACGCGGCGCCGGCCUGCGGCUCUGCGCCACAGUUUUUUUACUUGAUAUGGCUUUCUGUAAAGGAUUUGUAGAAGAUUUAGAUGAAUCGUUUAAAGACAAUCGGAAAGAUGACAUUUGGCUUGUAGAUUUUUAUGCACCAUGGUGUGGCCAUUGUAAAAAACUGGAACCGAUUUGGAAUGAAGUUGGUCUUGAGAUGAAAAGUAUUGGUUCUCCAGUUAAAGUUGGAAAGAUGGACGCUACCUCCUAUUCCAGCAUUGCUUCAGAGUUUGGAGUUCGAGGUUAUCCAACAAUUAAGCUAUUAAAGGGGGACUUGGCAUAUAAUUACAGAGGACCACGAACUAAAGAUGAUAUUAUUGAGUUUGCUCACAGAGUGUCUGGCGCUCUAAUUCGGCCACUUCCAAGUCAGCAAAUGUUUGAACAUAUGCAAAAGAGACAUCGUGUAUUUUUUGUUUACAUAGGUGGAGAGUCGCCUUUGAAGGAGAAAUACAUAGAUGCUGCUUCAGAAUUAAUUGUAUAUACAUAUUUCUUUUCUGCCUCAGAAGAAGUGGUUCCUGAGUAUGUGACACUGAAGGAGAUGCCUGCUGUGCUUGUUUUCAAAGAUGAAACUUACUUUGUUUAUGAUGAGUAUGAGGAUGGUGAUCUGUCAUCUUGGAUCAACAGGGAGAGGUUUCAGAACUACCUUACUAUGGAUGGCUUCCUCUUGUAUGAACUUGGAGACACCGGAAAGCUUGUGGCUCUUGCAGUUAUUGAUGAGAAAAAUACAUCAAUUGAACAUACCAGAUUAAAGUCAAUUAUUCAGGAAGUUGCUAGAGAUUACAGAGACCAGUUCCACAGGGAUUUUCAGUUUGGCCAUAUGGAUGGAAAUGACUAUAUAAAUACCUUGCUGAUGGAUGAACUGAAAGUCCCAACUGUGGUUGUACUGAAUACUUCAAACCAACAAUACUUUUUACUAGAUAGACAGAUCAAGAAUACCGAGGACAUGGUGCAGUUCAUUAAUAACAUCUUGGAUGGCACAGUAGAGGCCCAAGGAGGUGAUAGCAUUUUGCAGAGAUUGAAAAGAAUAGCAUUUGAUGCCAAAUCUACUAUUGUGUCUGUCUUCAAGAGCUCUCCACUUAUGGGCUGCUUUCUCUUUGGCCUUCCACUGGGGGUCAUCAGUAUCAUGUGCUAUGGCAUUUACACAGCUGACACAGAUGGGGGUUACGUAGAGGAACGGUACGAAGUAUCCGCAAGUGAAGUUGAAAGCCAGGAACCAACAGAAGAGAGCAAAGAACAGGAGCCAAGGGGUGGAGACGUCCUGGUGCCUACAGUGCAAGGACCCAAAGAUGUAUUGGAGAAGAAGAAAGAUUGAGAUUUUGCUAGGGCAGAAUAUUUGAUAGGAUUUCAGAUUAUUAAAGAGUCUAUUUAUUGAAUUUAGACAUUUAAUCAUGAUCUUUAAAAAAGAGAAUAUGUUAUUUGUAUUUUGCUAAUAUCAACUUGCAUGGAUUAAAGUAGGCCUUCAUAAAUGGGGAAAUGUUUGGAGCAAAGAGAUGAAAUGUUUGUCCUAAAAAAUAUCAAGACACUCCAUCAGAGUUCACCUUAUGGAUGUUAUAGCAGAUCAGUUCUCUUGCAUGUUUCUCUAUCUGAGUAUUCUGUGACACAAUUAAAAUUCUUGGGCAGAAUAUUUAAAUUGGUCAAUCAGGUAGAAGAUACAUGCUUGAUAAAGAAAAACAAUACCUUCACCUCCUACCAUUCAUUUGUUCUCGUAUAUUUUAGGUAAGAUUUACAUGGGCAAAAUUAAGUCUUUAAAAUUUAGGCACUUUAAGGAGAACUAACAACUUUUUCCGUGGAUGAAAUUAAGAUUAUGACUUAGAAACAAUUUGGUUUUAUAUAGCAUAGCAAUUUUAUUUUUAGUUAUUACUUUUAAAGGAGAGAAAAUGUUCCUUUUUAACUUUACACUCAGUUACAUUAUUGAAAAUUUCAUAUGGGUCUGUAGAGUGGUAAAAAACAGUCUUAUGUUUAAUCUUUGCAAAAUAAAUGGAUUUGAUUGGAACACUCAUUUCAAACCAUGCCCUGGGACAUGCUUAGCAAGUGCCUCAGUGGUCACUGUAGGAAGGGGCGGGUCUCUGUUUUAUAUAUUGGAAUUUCUUCUAAAAAUUUCCUUUGAGAAAAAGCUCCUACUGCUUUUUAAAAAGUAAUAUAUAUCAUAUUUUUUAUGUUUAUGGUAUGGCAACGUUAUGGUAACUUAUGAUAUGGGUGUAUCUGUGUGUAUAAUAUACACACACAUGCACAGGAUAUUUACAUAUACAUAUAAAAUUUAUUGACAUGUCUGUUAUGUAAUUUUAUGGGCAUGUGUAUGUUCAUAAUGAGUAAUGAGUGACAUAAUCAACCUGUCAACAAAAUUUAUGAUAAUCCAGUGAUUAAGAGAUCUGCCAGUUACCUUCUCCAUCCUCUCAGUUCUGACUCCCAUUUCAGCCAGUGACCUCUCAUCUUCUCUCUCUAAUAAUAUAACAUAGGAAUUCUAUCCUGAGUAAUGUAUAAAAAUUGGCAUUGUUUUAAGCAACAUUAUGGUGUGUUUAUUGUAGAUUAUUUUUGAGCCCUUCAUUGUAACUAAGUUUAGGAUUUUUAUUAGAUGACCAUUGUUUGGGUGAUGAUUAGAAUGGUUUUUGUUAAACACUGAAAAAUUCUUAAUCACUUUAAAAAUAUGCAACUCAUGGUCCUGAUAUUGAAGUUGUUUAGGGCUUUGGUCCUCAAAGCAGCUGUUGGUUACUUCUGGUGCCAUGCUGAUCACAGCUAAACUGAAGCUUGUAUCUAAGUACUAGGAAGUUACUAGCAAUUGUUUUAUUGUAUCCAUGUGCUCUUUUAGCAUAUUGUAAUUAAAUGCUAUUAAUUUAACAAGUAGAUUCCUCUCCAAAGAGUAAUGAGGGGUUCUUUUGGAAGAUAAAUAUUAAUGUUCCCAGUGGUCAAGCUUGUUUUGCAGCAGUGAAAAAAAGCUUAGGUGAGUACAAUGCCUCACUCGAGUCUAAUCUAGUAUGGAAGGUAAAGCUUAGUCUCCAUCAGGGACAGUAGGAAAUUAUAGAAAAUGUCAUGGUUUUCUUCUUCAUGUUUAUCAUUAUCAGAUGUCCUUCAUCUGCACAUUUUUGGCCUUUCUCAGGCAUCACUUAUAAAUGAAAGAACUCAGUAGAGAAAGAAAAAAAAGUAAAAACUCAGUAUGUAUCAACAAACAAAAGUCCAGCCAUCUUUGUAUUCUGAGAUUUGCUUGUUAGUAAAUUAAUGCCUUAGUUCUUUGUUACCUUUUUCACAGCUCUCUACGUUGCCCCAUAUCCUAUUUGUGUUUCCAAAGUGUCUAUUAGGAAAACAAAAUGUGUAGUUGGUUUAUAAGUGAAUAAUUUUCUUUCUUUUUGCAUUAGAAUUUUGUUUUUUA